AUGAGCAGUCCAUAUGGGCAGUCGCUCAACGGGACGCCCUGUGGGCAGUACUACAUGGACACAGCCUUUGGUCAGCCCAUGGGAACCCCUUGCAACCAGCCACCCAUGAGCAGUCCUGGUGGGCAGUCGCUCAAUGGGACGCCCUAUGGGCAGCACUCCAUGGACACACUCUCACGACCAGCCACCCAUGAGCAGUCCUUGUGGGCAGUCCCUUUGGUCAGCCCAUGGGCACUCCACAUGGUCAAGCCGGCGCCCCUUGCAACCAGCCCAUGGAACCUUGUGUGCAAAGCUCUCACAACCAGCCACCCAUGA